CACACAGGCGGCGGCGGCAGUGGCGGCGGCGGCGGCUCCGGGAGCCGGCGCGAAUCCGGCCCCCGGUGCGGGACCCGGGCAGGUCUGGAAGAGCCCCGCCUGGGCCCAAGCUUGCAGAGGAUGGAAACACUCCCCCGGCAAUGUCUCUGGGCCGCCUCCUUCGCCGGGCCUCCUCCAAAGCCUCAGACCUCUUGACCCUCACCCCCGGUGGCGGCGGUGGGCCCCCUUCCAUCCUGGAUGGGGAGAUCAUCUACUCCAAGAACAAUGUCUGCGUGCACCCGCCGGAAGGGCUGCAGGGACUGGGGGAGCACCACCCAGGCUACCUGUGCUUGUACAUGGAGAAGGAUGAACUGCUGGGGGCCACUCUCAUCCUCGCAUGGGUCCCCAACUCCCGGAUCCAGAAGCAGGACGAGGAGGCGCUGCGUUACAUCACCCCCGAGAGCUCCCCCGUGCGCAAGGCACCCCGCCCUCGGGGCCGGCGUACCCAGAGCUCGGGGGCCCCCCACCCGCCGUCCCCCCUGGAGCCCAGGCCCACCCUAAUCCCCAGAGAUGAGGACAUCCUGGUGGUGGCCCAGAGCCUCCGAGACCCCGAGCGUGUCAGCCCUUCGCCCGAGGACGGGGAGAAGCUGGCCCUGGGCUUGGGGACAGACAGCUCCCUCCUGGCCUCUCAGCCGGCCCACAGCGACUCGGGAAUCUUGUCGGCGAUCAGUUCGCAGGACGGGACGGAAGAGGGCCGGGAGCCGCGACCCGAGGCGGGCGAGGAGGAGGGCUCCUUGGAGCUGUCGGCCGAGGGCGUGAGCAGGACCAGCUCCUUCGACUCGGACUCAGAGGCCUUCUCUUCACCCUUCUGCCUCUCGCCCAUCAGCACCGCCCUCGCAGAGAGCAGCAGCUCCGUGUUCCUGGAGAGCGAGAGCGGCUCCCCCUCCAGCGUGGACGCCCACCUGCAGUUCCCGGACAGCAGUGGCCUCCUGCAGCCCCCGCGCUGGGACGAGCCGCAGCGGGCCUGCGCCUUGGAGCAGAUCUGCGGUGUGUUCCGAGUGGACUUGGGUCACAUGCGCUCCCUCCGCCUCUUCUUCAGCGAUGAGGCCUGCACCAGCGGCCAGCUGGUCGUCGCCAGCCGGGAAAGCCAGUACAAGGUGUUCCACUUCCACCACGGUGGCCUGGACAAGCUGCCCGACGUGCUUCAGCAGUGGAAAUACUGUGCAGAGACACACCUCAAAGACCAGCAGGUCGCCGACGAAAAGACGUGCAUGCAGUUCUCCAUUCGGCGUCCCAAACUGCCGUCUUCCGAGACGCACCCCGAGGAGAGCAUGUACCGACGGCUGGACGUCGCGGCCUGGCUCCGCCACCUGAACGCGCUGGGCCAGGUGGAGGAGGAAUACAAGCUCCGCAAGGCCAUUUUCUUCGGCGGCAUUGAUGUGUCAAUCCGGGGGGAGGUCUGGCCCUUCCUGCUGCGUUAUUACAGCCACGAGUCGACGUCGGAGGAGAGGGAGGCGCUGCGGCUGCAGAAGAGAAAGGAAUACGCCGAGAUCCAGCAGAAAAGGCUCUCCAUGACCCCUGAAGAGCACAGAGCAUUCUGGCGGAACGUGCAGUUCACCGUGGACAAGGAUGUGGUACGGACAGAUCGAAGCAACCAGUUCUUCCGAGGAGAAGGCAAUCCCAAUGUGGAGAGCAUGAGGAGGAUCCUGCUGAACUAUGCGGUGUACAACCCAGCCAUCGGCUACUCCCAGGGCAUGUCGGACCUGGUGGCACCCAUCCUGGCCGAGGUCCUGGAUGAGUCAGACACCUUCUGGUGCUUUGUGGGUUUGAUGCAGAACACGAUCUUUGUCAGCUCUCCUCGGGACGAGGACAUGGAGAAACAGCUGCUGUACCUGCGGGAGCUGCUGCGGCUGACGCAUCUGCGCUUCUACCAGCACCUGGUCUCGCUGGGCGAGGACGGCCUGCAAAUGCUCUUCUGCCACCGCUGGCUCCUGCUGUGCUUCAAGCGGGAGUUUCCCGAGGCUGAGGCUCUGCGGAUCUGGGAGGCCUGCUGGGCCCACUACCAGACGGAUUACUUCCACCUUUUCAUCUGUGUGGCCAUUGUGGCCAUCUACGGGGAUGACGUCAUUGAGCAGCAGCUGGCCACCGACCAGAUGCUUCUGCACUUUGGAAACCUGGCCAUGCACAUGAAUGGGGAGCUUGUUCUCAGGAAGGCAAGGAGUUUGCUCUAUCAGUUUCGCCUCCUGCCACGGAUCCCCUGCAGCCUGCAUGACCUGUGCAAGCUGUGUGGGACUGGCAUGUGGGACAGUGGCUCCAUGCCUGCCGUGGAGUGCACAGGCCAGCACCCGGGGUCUGAGAGCUGCCCGUAUGGGGGCACUGUGGAGACGCCUUCGCCCAAGCCCCCCAGAGAAGGCAGGAAGGGCCCAAAGACGCCCCGGGAAGGCUUCGGUUUCCGCAGAUAGGUUGGGCUUCCUGUGCUAAACGAGGGGUGAGGGAACCUCAGCCAGGUCCCAAGCAUGGGGGAGGGGGUGGGGCUAGGCUUGGAGGGGAUGGGAUGGUAGAAACGGAAGGAAAAUGCCCUUGGGCGGCAUGAAGGGAAACUUUUCAUAUUAAGGACAAAAGCAGAGUCCAGAAGUGACAGAAGUGAAACCCGCCAGCUGCCCAGAGAAAAGUCACCUCCCCAAAAAGCAGGAACAGAACGCAUGGCCAUCCCACCUGGAGACGCAGGCUGGCUGGGUUCUUGUGUUGCCUGCCUUUGAUGGAUCUCGACACGUCCCAGGAAUUCCUCCAGCUUCAUCAGCCACCGAAGGGUAUUGCCGGGCAUUGGGAAAGGCAGAGACAGCAGGAGAGGUCUUGUGCACCCACCAGUGCCAGGGAGUGCAGAACAAGGGAGUCCUGUCCAGGCCCAGAGACAUCUUUGCAAGCCGGACACACCCGCCUCACCAGGCUUCAUUCUCUGAAAGAACCAAACAUACUCCACAGCUUCUCCAGCCACAGCUGCAAAGCUGAUGUGAAGACAUCUGCC